CCGCUGACCACCUCUGGAGGCUUCUGACAACCAGCCCAAGGCCUCUGUUUGAAGGCCCUCCUCUGAAGAUCUCACCAGUGUGUGGAGCCUGCCCCACACCCACCCCUGCCAAACCACGGCCUUUACCUGUGUCUUCCGGUGUUUCCCGUGCGACCCAUCCUGUGGGAGUGCCUCGUGGGCUGCCCCAGAGUUCGCCCCACGCUCAGCGGCGCCAAUGGUGAAGAUGACAAGAUCCAAGACUUUCCAGGCAUACCUGCCCUCCUGCCACAGGACCUACAGCUGCAUCCACUGCAGGGCCCAUCUGGCCAACCAUGAUGAACUCAUUUCCAAGUCUUUCCAAGGAAGUCAAGGGCGAGCGUACCUCUUUAAUUCAGUAGUUAACGUGGGCUGUGGGCCCGCAGAAGAGCGGGUGCUGCUAACAGGACUGCAUGCAGUCGCAGACAUCUACUGUGAAAACUGCAAAACCACCCUGGGCUGGAAAUAUGAGCAUGCCUUUGAAAGCAGCCAGAAGUAUAAAGAAGGCAAAUACAUCAUUGAGUUGGCACACAUGAUCAAGGACAAUGGCUGGGACUGAUGGAAGAAGUCCCCCCAACCCAGUAUCCACGUGAAUGCCAUCCAACUGAGCACUCUGCCUGAGCGUGAGAGAGUGACUGAACACUUGGUUCCAGCCAUUUAGGGGCCAUCUGGGGCAGCUCUCACCCUGAUGACAUCUUUCUGGUGACUGGCCUCCAAAUCACUGUCUCUCUGUCUCUUUGCUUUCUAUCUGUCUGUGAGUUGAUCCUGGCUUCUCUCUCUGUUCUAGUGUUGGCUAAAAACAAAACCACAAAAGGAACAGAUGCCUGAUGCAUGGUGGCAGCCCACCUUGAUAGGGGCCCCGGGGCCCAUGCAGGAGCUGCCAGAUGGCCUCUGGUCGGGUGCACAGUGGCACAAGGGUGAAAGGAAGGAGGGAUGGGGGAACCCCAAGGGUCCU